AUGGGAGCUAUCCGGCUCCCGUCUCUCGCCGUCCUCCGCUCUCCCUCGGCGGCGGCGCGGCCGUGGACCUACUUCUCUUCCUCUUCCUCCUCCUCCUCCGCCGCUACUGUUCACUCUCUUUGCUCCUCUCUCCGGCGGAGGUCUGCCCGGAGGGCGUCGGCGUGCCUCUCCAGCAGCAGCGGCGGGGUGUCGACACAGAGCCUCGCGAAGGAUGAGCAGCAGCGGGUGCCGCCUCCGCAGCCCUCAGAGGGGAAGGGCGCUCAGCCGAAUCAGGACGGGGCUGUGACGCCCCGCUCCUUGGAUUUCAACGCUUGGUACCUCGACGUCAUAGCCUACGCCGAACUCGCCGACUAUGGGCCGGUACGCGGCACCAUGGUCAUCCGUCCCUAUGGCUAUGCCAUAUGGGAGAACAUCCAGGUUGGCUCUUGGCUUGUCCCCCCUCCUCCUCCAAUAGUCCCUGAUAAUUACCUGUUAUCCUUGUUACCCUAUUGCAGGCAUUUCUGACUUUGUUCUGUGCUUCCUAUGUGACAUUAGGACUAUUUGAACGUGAAAUUCAAGGAAACAGGGCAUAGCAACAUGUAUUUUCCCCAGGUAAAUCCUCGACCAUGCACCUAUUAUUUAUUCAAUUUGAUGAAUAUCCUAUUUUCUGUGGUGUAUAUAAUUAUCUGAUUUGGAAGGAGUAUAAUUUUUUUUUUGAUGAUAAUAAUGCACUGUCUAAUCGACCACUGUGACCAAUUAUUAAUUGCAGUUCAUAGCAGGAUAUGAGUUAUUUAUUUGAAAAUGACCAGGAGAUUGGAGAUCAAUCAACCGAUACAACUGUUUCUUAUAGAAUUCAUGUAUUUUUAAAGAACUUGCCUAACUUUCAGAUGUCAGUUUCAAACUAGUUUGUUAUUAUCAUUUAUUUUUUCAGACGAUGAUUCAACUCCCUUUGCUUGCAUUUGUUUGUUUAAGUCUUACUGAAAUCUAUUCUCUCGGGAAAAAUCUCUCCGUAAAAUUUCACUUUGUACUUUGAAAGAAAUGCUCAAGGAAAUGUGUCAUAGAUCUCGGCAUCAGGCCUUCAUAGACUUUGCUUAUGCCAUGCAGAACAUGGAGUGGGGAAAGAUAACUGCUAUUUUACAUUAGGAUGCUAUAAAAUAAAUUACGAAAUGAGAGCUGUAGAGAAAAUAAGACAAUGUCGGGACAAGUAUUUCCUAUUUUCAUAUUCUUGCGAUCAAAGAUGAAACAAUACGCUUUCUUGCAGUGGUUCUCGAAAGAAAGAAGGAUAGAUGAUAAAGAAGAAGGUGGAUAAUCUAUUUGCCAAUACGCACUCUCUUUGGUUGAUUGAUCUCAGUCAAAGCACUAUUUUAGUCUAUAAUUGUAUUUUUCUUUGGAAAACUGUUAAAAAUGUCAUUGUAACUUUUGAUGUUAGAAGCCAUUAGCACAGCCUUAAUUGAUUAGCCUCUAACUUUGUAUCUGAACUUAAUAUAUUUUUGAGGAAACAUUUUGAUGAUUUCAACGAGUAAAACAUUGACAUUAGUUGGUUCAACGUGGGGAGAAAAGAUUCCUUAGUUUUUUCUCGCCUUCAGAUUUCGAUUUCGGUGACUAACGGCCCACUCCAUACAGAUUCAUCCCAAUGCGUUAUGCUAUUUCUUGGAUACGUAUCAUACUGGGCUAUGCAAUCGAUUUUGCAUUUCAGUUCGACAUUAUUCUGAAACAUAAAAGAAUCGUUACUCUCAGUCAAGAUAAGCUUCUUUCCUGGUACUCGAGUAACCUUGGGACAUGAGAAAAAUGAUCUCCUAUUGCUGAAGAAGGGAGGAUGAUUUCUCCUGCAAAUCCACUAUUUGUGUUUUCUACUAGAUCCUCAUGUCAACGGUUGGAUUAUAUAAGAUGCUGAACUCCAAAACAACGAAUCAUUUUCACAGGAAUCAUGUCAACCUUGUAAUUGUGUGAUGGCUGCUUUUUGAAUUCGACAUCUUGACAAAACACUUCCUCUGAUCGAAAAUUUUGAAUAUUCCUUUUCUUCUGCUCAGGGUUCUCCAUCCCUUUCAUUCUAGGAUUGAUAUGAUGGUCCCUUUCACAAGCCAGGUGGUGGUAAUAGAGGAAUGAAUGGUAAGAAGAAGGGAGUUCUAUCAUGGUAGAGGAGGAUUCAAGGGGACAUUGUACGAGGAAGGAGGAGAAGGAAUCGAAUGAGGGAAUGACUGAGCAGCCAGAGAAAGGAGUUCAAGGAGAUGGAAGUAGAUGAGUAAUUGGCAAAGAGAUGGAGAAGAAGAAGAUAAAGGGAUAGGAAAAGAGUGGAGGGAGUUUCGAAGAGUGCUUGAAGCCAAAGGUGGCUAUUGUCAGCAUCACGACAGUGAUUAGCGGUACAAGAAGGCUACGAGAAAAUUUCUCUAGUGCAAUAUCUAGUCCCCAGACGUUGACCAUGGUUCAUGGGAUGAUGCCUCGACUGUGAGAUGCCCUCUUUCUGGACAACCUAUCAUUGAAUAUUUCAAGAAGUGUGAAAAGGUGCGGUGUACGAAUGUUCUUAACAAAUGGUCUUCACUUCCUGCUUUCAAAAGGAGGAUCCUUAUUUUUCUGCCGCACACUCUUUUCUAGCUUGUGAUUCUUUUUUUCAAGCAUCGAUUUUAUCAUACUCAAUAAUGCAAUUUUAUAAAUUUCUAGUUGGUAUUUUCGUGAUUGUUCUGUUUGACCACCGAUGCAGUUCAUACCAUACUCAUUUAUAGAGAAGGAAGCAAGUCAUGUUGAAGGUUUCAGUCCAGAGUUGGCUCUUGUUACAAUUGGAGGAGGAAAAGAACUUGAAGAAAAACUUGUGGUAGUCCCUUAUUCCUUUUUCUGAUAUGUCAUACUUAUGAAUGUUUGACGUCCAUUAUUAUUAGGUGUUGCCCGAGGAAUAGUUUAAAUAAGAAGGUUCUAUAUUAAUAUUGUCUUUGAUGCCAUUGAUUUGAGGCUAUGACAGGUGAGACCAACUAGUGAGACAAUUGUGAAUCACAUGUUUACUCAAUGGAUUCAUAGUUACCGGGAUCUUCCUCUAAUGAUCAAUCAGGUCUGGUUGUGAUUGACAUAUCUGAAUGUCCACUUAAUGCAUGUCGGCAAAAAAUAUUCUUGAUGUCUUGUUUUUGACUAUUCUCCUUUAGUGGGCGAAUGUCACAAGAUGGGAAAUGCGCACAAAGCCAUUUAUCAGAACUCUCGAGUUUCUAUGGCAGGAAGGCCACACAGCCCACGGAACCCCAGAAGAGGCAGAAAAGGAGGUUUAUUGUCUUCAACUCUGCAUUGAAUUUACUAAUCUGUUUUUUUUCUUUGAUACUCUUCGAAACUCUAGCUUUGUGUUAUUUCGAUGCGACAGGCCCUACAGAUGAUUGAUGUCUACACAAAAUUUGCCUACGAGGUAGCUGCCAUACCUGUUAUCCCUGGCCGAAAAUCCACGAUCGAGACUUUUGCUGGUGCUUCCAGAACAUAUACAAUUGAAGCUAUGAUGGGUGAUCAAAAAGCUUUGCAAGCUGGAACUAGUCACAACCUCGGGCAGAAUUUCUCUCGUGCCUUUGGAACACAGGUUACUUUAUUUUCAACUUUAAGUGAGACAUUUUUCUUAAUGUUAAAAUUUAUGGAUUUAAGCCUACCAUUAUAUUAUUUUUCCAAACUGGGAUGAUAUGUGAUUGGAAAGAAGUAUACACCUAGAACUAUACGAUUCUCGAAUAGAAAAAAGAGAAAAGAGAAUAUCAUUAGAGUUAGAAGGUGAAGAAAAGUCAUAAGAAAUGAACAAAGAUUUAUGCCUGUCCUCACUUCAUCUGGGAGUCAUUCCCUGCCACACGCUUCUGCAGGAGCUUCCUUUCCGUGUGCUUCUUUCAUGAGAAGGGAGAAGAAGAGGGAGAGAAGGGGAAAUGCUGGAAUUUACCAUAACGUUGUCAAAGGGAGUAUAAGGAGGGCUUGGAAUCCAUUAUGACAUCUUGAGAGAGCUUGGGUUUUCUUUUUCCCUCGAUGAUAAAAAAGACUACAAAAGAUAAUUUGCUAUGUUCUGCAGCCAAUAAGAAUAGUACCGAAGUAAGCACAAAAAGCUGGACUGCAUGUGCCUAUGUUUUUGCCUUUGUGAUGUCACAUUCUCUCCAUUUUGGCACGUAUGAUUAGGGCACAUUCAAGGCACAUUUCACAUUCAUUAAGGAUUUGGACAUGAAUUGAUAACCAAAAUGUUAAGUUAAAAUUAUCUUUCUAAUGUAUGUUUGUUUCAUCAUAUCUCUCUGCAUUGUCUGUGCUUGUGGAUGGUGAUACGUAGCAUUAGGUUUGAAUGUGUGCAUUCUUUUCCAUCUUCCAGUUCACAGAUGAAAACGGACAGAGGCAACAUGUGUGGCAGACUUCCUGGGCUAUCAGCACGCGUUUCAUAGGUGGUAUAAUUAUGACUCAUGGAGAUGAUGCUGGUUUGAUGCUUCCCCCAAAAAUAGCACCAGUGCAGGUACAUCUCCUGUCGAGUUAUUUACCCUAUCAUUUUACGUUUUAUAAUGCACAGCCCAUUGCACGUAUCUCAACAUGGCGUAUGUUUUCCUUUGCAACGAAUGGAUUUGCAUUUUGAAAUAUAAAAUAAGGAGUUUUUGUUUCUCACUGGAUAUUUGGCAUUUGUAACCAUUAAAAUCAGAUUUUAUUUUUUAUUUUUUAUUUUUUUAUUUACUUUUCAAAACCAUGUGGUCAUGUGAGUUAACUGGUUUUAUUAUCUUUGAGUUUGUAUGUACAUGCAUGGGCAGAAAAAAAUCAUAUCAGAUCAUAUCCUUCUGUCUAUUUUUAACAAUUGGCAUGUCAUAUGUCUGUGUCAGAUCCCGAGACUGUCUUGAUGUGGCGAAGUUAUUAGAUUUAUGCAUAUAUUUUGUAAAGUGCAGUCAUGGCUGCUUCUUAUCUACGAGAUGAGUCUUGGUUAGUUAGUUCUUAUUUAUCUGACGAGAAUAAUCACGCCGGUCCGAUAUGAAGAUACACGCGCGCAUAUAUUUAUGUAUGCACAUAUCUACCAUUUUGAGAUGCCGAAUGCAAUGUACUGGUGGUAUGACUCCAGGUUGUGAUAGUACCCAUAUGGAAGACUGCUGAUGAGAAGGUCGGAGUCCUUGAAUCCGUGUCGUCCAUAGAGAAAGCGCUCAAAACAGCAGGAAUCAAAGUUAAAGUGGAUGACUCAGAACAGAGGACACCGGGAUGGAAAUACAAUUUCUGGGAAAUGAAGGUAUGCUCUCACCUGGGCAGAGAUUGAACAGAUAGCAGCAUCUCUGCUUUUCAUUUGUUGCUUGCCUUCGAUUUAUUCUCGUAAAAUGGAAGAUUCAAGGCCGAACUGUGUCGAGCCUAGUCUUCUGGCUUUGAUCCAAGGCCGAGCUGUGUCGAGCCUAGUCUUCUGGCUUUGAUCCAAGGCCGAGCUGUGUCGAGUCUAGUCUUCUGGCUUUGAUCCAAGGCCGAGCUGUGUCGAGUCUAGUCUUCUGGCUUUGAUCCAAGGCCAAACUGUGUCGAUGUGGUGCUCCGACUGAGCCUCCUCGACGGUUUUUGGUUUGGCUUUUUUUCAGCAAGUUGUCCUUGUUCAUCAUGAUGUUUCAUCCUCAUCGUCAUCCUCUCCUCAGGGAGUGCCCCUGAGAAUCGAAGUCGGACCUCGCGAUGUGUCCAAGAGAACUGUGGUGACGUCGAGGAGGGACGCCCCCGGAAAGCAGGGAAAGGAGUUUGGGAUAUCUAUGGAGCCCUCCGUGCUGGUCAGCCAUGUCAACCAGAGGUUGGACGACAUCCAGGCGUCUCUCCUACAGAGGGCCACCACUUUCCGGGACAGGUGAUGGAUCCAACUCCUCCUUUACUGCUUAUUACUUACCGGAAAGGGGGCGUAUCGUGUCUCUUCCUCUUUAUAUCCUUUUUCUUCCCGCUUUCAUGGGAUAUGAUCAGAUACAGGCAAUAAUCAUUUGAUUUUACCUUUUUUGAAGGCGCAGGCUGCUUCCCUUUCUUUGUUUUUUUUGGCAAAAUCUUAGUGAUUAUGCUUCCUGAAUAAGUAUUUGUGUUCAAAUUGAGUUUCGAAUUAUGACCAACUUUUUACCUUUAUUUGGCAUAUCACUUGUUGGUUUGGAACAUAUUUUUAUUUUUAUUUUUCUUUUCCCCCUGAUUGUUCUUGCGAAUUCCAUGUGCAGUAACAUCGUGGAUGUGACCUCAUAUGAGGAGUUGAAGGCUGCUAUUGCUGAGGGCAAGUGGGCAAGGGGUCCCUGGUCUGCGAGGUGACUGAUUAAUCAUCCAUCCAUCAGUCAACUCAAACUCCUCCAUGAUUCUAUUUCUUUCUUCUUCUUUUCUUGCUUUCUAUUUCUGCCAAUGAAAAAAAAAAGAACUUUCCUCACAUAAAACUGACGAAUCCUUUGUGCUGAUUCUGAUGAUAAAUCACCUCUUGUUAUAUAGUAAGCAUCAUGAUGUCACCCGCCCACAUCCUUUGAUCUGCUGCUCGGUUAUCCUUCGAUCUGGGCCUGGAUGGUGGUGUUCUGACCUGAUCCUCAGCCAUGUGUACAAAAAAAGAAAAAAAAAGAAAAAAAAAGAAAAAAAAAGAGAGCUCUUUGAUCAUCUUCCAGCCAGCCUUGUUUACCAUUCAUUCCUCUGGAUCAUUGUUUCAUCUUCAUGCGGUCAGAUCUCUGAUGGUGUUUUUAUGAGCACAGAAAUAAAUAAAUGAAUAAAUAGAUAUAAGUAAACAGCUGCUGUCUCAUCUUUAUUUAUUUAUUUAUUUAUUUAUUUAUUUCUUGAUGCAGUGAUGAAGAGGAGCUGAGGGUGAAAGAAGAGACGGGCGCCACCAUAAGGUGCUUCCCAUUUGACCAGCCUGAAGGGGAGAAGACCUGCCUCAUGUCCGGUCAACCCGCGGCCGAGGUUGCCAUAUUUGCCAGAUCCUACUAG